GCCUUCUAAAGGGCUGGUGGAAGUGGAAAGCAAUCAGAUAGAGGCUUCAACGUGACCUGUCUCCAUCAGCACCUGCUGGGCUAUGAGCCAAACCAGGGAUUUACAGGGAGGAAAAGCUUUUGGGCAGCUGAAGGCCCAGCAGGAGGAGAGACUAGACGAAAUCAACAAGCGAUUCCUGGAUGAUCCCAAAUACAGCAGUGAUGAGGAUCUGCCCUGUAAACUGGAAGCCUUCAAGAAAAAAUACAUGGAAUUUGACCUAGAUGGAAAUGGAGAUAUCGAUAUCAUGUCCCUGAAAAGAAUGCUGGAGAAACUUGGGGUUCCCAAAACCCAUCUGGAACUAAAGAAAUUAAUCAAGGAAGUUUCCAGUGGCUCUGGAGAGACUUUCAGCUACUCGGACUUUCUUAACAUGAUGCUGGGAAAGAGAUCAGCCAUCCUAAAAAUGAUCCUGAUGUAUGAGGAGAAAGCUAAAGAACAGGAGAAGCCAGUGGGCCCCCCCGCCAAGAAAACUAUCUCUGAACUGCCCUGACUUGUCAGGGAGAGAUGUGGUGAGAUUGAAGGGGAUUCUAAUAACUUUAACAUGGAAAAAGAAGAUAUUAUUGUGAGCCAGUAUCUAAAUUAAAUAAAUUAUCCUCUUCCUUCAGA